AUGGAUCCCAGGCCAUCGGGAGGAUGGGACUCGGAAUCAACGGCCGGUUUUACCACCACGAGCUCGCACCUGGUUCUCGGCCGAGAGGAUCAUACGGACAAGGCACCGGCCGAGAGGGCAAGCGAACCCGAAGGUUGGGUCAGGGGCGCCGGGUUCUGGAGAUGCUUUGUAGGCCUUUGCUUCCCCAUCCUCCUCUCUGCCUUCGAGGGUAGCGUGGUCAGCACCGCUCUCCCGACCAUAUCGCGGUCUCUCGGGCUCGGCCCCAACUCGUCAUGGGUGGCCACGGCCUUUCUCCUAGCCUCCAUCGUCUUCCAGCCGCUCUUCGGCCAGCUGGCCGACAUCUGGGGACGGAGGCACCUGAUGAUGGCAGCCGUGGCCAUCUUCGGAGCCGGCAGCGCCAUCGCCGGGUAUGCCAACAGCUGCGCGGUCCUGCUGUGCGGACGCAUCGUCCAGGGUAUAGGUUCGGGGGGGAUCGACCUCUUUGCCGAGCUCAUCCUCUGUGACAUUAUCCCCCUCAAGAAGCGAGGGCACUACGUGGCCAUCAAGGCUGCCGUGUACGCCUUGGGAACGACUAUCGGGCCGCUCCUGGGCGGCGUCUUUGCCCAGACCAACUGGCGGUGGUGCUUCGGUGUCAACCUCCCCGUCUGCGUCCUCGCUCUCGUCCUCAUGUGGUUCUGGCUCCGGCUCAGCAGCGGAAACUCGUGGAAGGGGCUGUCGGUACUGCAGCAGAUCAGCCAGGUCGACUACGUCGGGAUUCUCCUUCUCACUGCCGCCGUCGUCUUGAUCCUCUGCGCCCUGAGCUUGGCCGGCACCGUCUACGCCUGGUCCGACCCGACCAUUGUGGCAUUCCUGGCGGGCGGCGUCGCCGGCAUCGCUGUGUUUGUUUUCUGGGAACGAUCUCGGCGGUGUACGCGCCCCAUCAUGGCACCACACGUCUUCUCCAACCGAACUACGAUUGCGGCCAUGACCAUCACCGCCGUCCACGGGUUUAUCACCUAUGGCUUCCAGUUCUACCUCCCGCCCUUCUUCCAGGCCGUCCUCCGAGCCUCGCCGUCGCAGUCCGGCGUCCUGAUCCUUCCCUGCAGUCUCACCAUUGUCGUGCUCGCCGCCGUUGGCGGGCCGCUGCUUGCCAGAUUCGGUAAAUACCGCCUGAUGCACCUUGCGGGCUUUGCGCUCAUGGGUGCGGGCCUGUUGCCCUCUAUACCACUCGAGGAGUCCCGGUCGGUGGUCCUGUGGAUUUCCCUGUCUUUCCUGGUCGGAGUCGGGUCCGGCAUCAUUGUCUCGACUACUCUGCCUGCCGUCCUCGUCGAGCUCACAGAUAAGGAGAACGCGGCAGCGACCGGGUCGUGGGCUUUCUUGCGAGGCCUGGGUUCCCUUCUCGGCGUUGCCGUUCCGAAUGCCGUCUUCAACGCGCAGUUCUCGGCCAGCCUCCGCUCGAUUGACGACGCCGUCGUACGGGCCGAGCUGAGCAACGGUCAAGCAUAUGAGCAUGCGUCGGGAACUUUCAUAGCCGGCUUGGAUGCCACUGUCAGGCAGCAGGUUCUCGGAGCCUUCACUGCAAGCUUCAGGUUUGUCUGGAUCAUCUUUCUGGCAUUUGCACUGGUGGGCUUCGUUUCCGCUCUCUUGGAGCGACAGGUUCAAUUGCGGAGGGACCUGGACAGCGAGUAUGGGCUGAAGGAGCGUGUGCGGAUCUGA